AUGAUGCCAGCUCUGCCGGUUCCCCAGCAAUCAGACUGGAACAACAACGUCUAUGUCAUCGCAGUCACCCGCAUAUUCAUCAUUUUUGCAUUGGGCUUCCUGAUCAGAACCUUGUAUAAUCUGGUACCUUCAAUCUGGGGCACACGCUCUGCGUCCAUUGCAGCUGUUGUCGCAGAUGGUAUUGACCUUGAAGAUAUCAUAUCAAACGCUCCGGUCAUGGUGCCUGGCGCCGUGGGCUCUGACCCUGACCUUGAGGCCAACCUUACGCUUGGAGUUCGUCCUCCACAGCCCAGCUACGAUCCACGGAAUCAUGCAGAAAGAUCUCGGGUCAAUUCCCGAGCACAAAAUGAAGGCAUGGAGGUCUCAAGGCUCUCCGCUCCCGCCUAUGUGAUGCCGGAACAAGACGUCGGUGUCCACAAUGAAGACCCCCAUACUGAAGAAGGCAUGGACGCUGCUGUGGGGCUGACUGGAUAG